ACCCCAUUGGUUAAGGGCCUCAGGACCAUAGAUGACCUCAGAGAGCUGGCCCUUUAAGAAUGCCCUUUGGGCUCUGUGCCCACAGCCCCCUGGAGCUGAGCAGAGAGGCACCAGACCCUGCUCCAUGGAGCCUUCAGUCUCUCGGGAAGCUGUGCCUGCCUGGCUCUGGAACUGACCAUAUCCUCUCUGGUAUCCCUAAAGUGCACUCCUCCCAGCCCAGCUCCAGAAUGGCCCUGCCCCCCAGCCCCCUGGCCAUGGAAUAUGUCAAUGACUUUGACUUGAUGAAGUUUGAGGUAAAGCGGGAGCCCUCUGAGGGGCGACCUGGCCCCCCUACAGCCUCACUAGGCUCCACACCUUACAGCUCAGUGCCUCCUUCACCCACCUUCAGUGAACCAGGCAUGGUGGGGGCAACCGAGGGCUCCCGGCCAGGCCUGGAGGAGCUGUACUGGCUGGCUACCCUGCAGCAGCAGCUGGGGGCUGGGGAGGCACUGGGGCUGAGUCCUGAAGAGGCCUUGGAGCUGCUGCAGGGUCAGGGCCCAGUCCCUAUUGAUGGGCCCCAUGGCUACUACCCAGGGAGCCCAGAGGAGACAGGAGCCCAGCACAUCCAGCUGGCCGAGCGGUUUUCCGACGCGGCGCUGGUCUCGAUGUCUGUGCGGGAGCUAAACCGGCAGCUGCGGGGCUGCGGGCGCGACGAGGCGCUGCGGCUGAAGCAGAGGCGCCGCACGCUGAAGAAUCGCGGCUACGCGCAGGCCUGUCGCUCCAAGCGGCUGCAGCAGCGGCGCGGGCUGGAGGCCGAGCGCGCCCGCCUGGCCGCCCAGCUGGACGCGCUGCGGGCCGAAGUGGCCCGCUUGGCCCGGGAACGCGAUCUCUACAAGGCUCGCUGUGACCGGCUAACCUCGAGCGGCCCCGAGUCAGGGGACCCCUCCCACCUCUUCCUCUGAGCCGUUCAGGGCACCCUGUGGUGUAGUGAGGGCUGGAUGGGAUGGCACCGCCCUGGAUGCGGCUGCACGGUUCUCUGCAUCGUUAUCAGAGCGCCUUCUGGUCCAAGCCACGCCCUGUGUGACCACACAAAUAUCCCCAAAGCUUUUGGGUUCUCGAGUCAUGCCCGAGUUUAGAUGCUAGACAUUUUUUGGAGAGGGGUCCCCUCCCCUUACGCAGGUCGUACACAGAAACCCGGCCCACAUGACUAGCAAGCUGAGCUCUGCAGGGACCAGUGCCAGGCUCGGGGGAGUGGGGGGUGGAAGUGUGGUGACACAGUGAAUGGGAGGUGGGGGAGGGAUGCACCUCCCACCACAGUUUAGUUUCUAAUUCAAGGUUUUCAACCUGUAACACAUUAAAGCUGUAAUUAGCAAUGAGGCUGUAUUUUCAUUCUGAAGCUUGUAACCUCCCCAUUUUAGCACUAAGGCAUUUCAAGAUUUCGAUGCCCAGCAACUAGACAAACUAGGAACUUCUACCUAAGAUGCUUUUCCCCUGCCCAACUCUGUGGCCUCCAGGGCCCAGAGUGGCACGGGCCUGAAGAAUGAGCUCUGGGGGUUGUUGAUGUGGGCUUGGAGAGAGCCCUGUGCAGAAGUCUGGAAACCUCGGUGCUAGUCCCAGCUCUUCCAUGGGAUCCCCCUGUCACCUUGAGCAAAUUAAUUGCUUCCUGAGCCUGUGUUACUUCAUCUAAUUCUCAUUUGGAUUGGAUAAUUUCUGAUACUUUUCCAUUUCUGGCAUCUCCCCAGUAUGGAAGUCCUAGUGGUCUCCCCAAGAAGUCCCCAAGACAGUCUCGCCAAUGGCACCUCCUAUCCUGCUCGUUUCCCACUGCAGCCUAGGCAGGAUGUGCAGCCCAGGCGAGGGAGCCUAGCUUCUCUGUGAGCACAUACAUGGGUUCUCUGCAGCUCCCUCCAGGCUGCCUGGUUCUCUAGACCUGCACAGGGUGCUCCUGCCACCUUCCGCCUCCCUCUCUAAGUGCUGAGGCAAGACUUCUCCUGGGAUGACAAGGAGCUGAGAGAGUGCAGCUUUUGUGAAUUAAACUUGAAGUCCAGGCAGAAUUCUAAUGCAAUCAGCUAAAUGUUCUUGCAAUUUAAGAAGUGUUCAUUCUUUAUCCUUG